AUGGGUGAUUUACCGGAAGUGCGGGUAAAUACUUUUGGUGUUUUUGAAAAUGUUGGCACGGAUUAUGGCGGACCAUUUUAUAUAAAAAAUAAAAAGGGUAGAGGAGCUACCACUAGCAAAGCUUAUUUAUGUCUGUUUAUUUGCAUGAGCACUAAAGCUGUGCAUCUUGAACUUGUGUCGGAUUUAACAAGUGAAUGUUUUAUAGCGGCUUUAAAUCGAUUUACUUCUCGCCGUGGAAAACCAAAAAAUAUAUAUUCCGAUAACGGUCUUAAUUAUGUAGGUGCAAAUAGGGAAUUAAGCCAGGUUUACAAUUUUCUAAACGAGAACGCCGCAUAUCUUGGAAAUAAACUAGCCGAUGAAAACAUAUUUUGGCACUUUAUUCCUGCAAAUUCUCCUACUUUCGGCGGACUUUGGGAAGCGGGAAUAAAGAGCGCGAAACAUCAUAUAAAAAGGGUUAUCGGUAACACGCCUUUAACAUUUGAAGAAUUCGGAACUUUUUUAGUACAGAUAGAAGGUAUUUUAAACUCUCGCCCUCUUUGCCCUCUAACUGAAGACCCAGAAGAUUGUGCCUCUCUUACGCCAGCACAUUUCUUGAAUGGCCGUACCAUAACCUCAACCCCUCAACAUAAUUUAACCGAUGUAGCUGAAAAUCGUUUGUCCAGAUGGCAGCACAUUCAGGCAAUGGUGCAACACUACUGGCAAAGGUGGCAGAAGGAGUAUCUGGGAGAACUCCAAACCCGCACAAAAUGGCGAAGGCGUUUUGAUGAAAUUAUAAAGGUGGGCUCUAUGGUUCUCAUCAAAGACGACAAUGUACCUGUCCUGGAGUGGCGACUUGGUCGUGUUACAGAGCUUCAUAGUGGCGCCGACGGUGUUGUGAGGGUGGUUACUGUGAAGGGACAAUUUGGUUCCUUAAAACGCGCUAUAAAUCGCAUUUGUGUUCUCCCCGUAGAGACAGAAAUUUAA